UAAACUGGCUGUGAAGUAUGUGUAUAUAUGAGUGUUAGAGAGAGAGUGAGAGAGAGAGUACACAAGAGAGCUGGUUUGACCAGAAACAGAACUGCCCGUGACAGAUUAAGAGACAAGGGAGGCUUGGAAUCUGAGUCCAGGCAAAGGAGAGUGGAAAUUUACAGCUGCACUGUGAGUGUUCAAGUGAUCAUUUUCGGCUAACAUUUUCCAUUGGUAACAGUUGAUCUUCAAAAAGACAAAGUCGGGACUGAAUUGUGGAACGGCUUUUCUAUGCCACGUGUCAGCAAUAAAAGACAACAUCUAUUAAAUGGAAGAUAAAGACUACUCCAUCUGAGGGACUUUGGGACUGGAGAGAGCUGUCUUCAGCACCUCGCCAUGUGGCUGUCAGUCUUUGCUUAAGCCCGGAUGUUCUUCUGAGGCUGGAAUUCCAUAGAUAAUUAGAAGAAGAAUCGUGAGUGAAUGAAAAAAAAUGCCUCUGUUUAGUAAAUCACACAAAAAUCCAGCAGAAAUUGUGAAAACUCUAAAAGACAACCUGGCUAUAUUGGAAAAGCAGGAAAAAAAGACAGACAAGGCUUCAGAAGAAGUGUCUAAGUCACUGCAAGCAAUGAAGGAAAUUCUUUGUGGUACAAAUGAUAAGGAACCACCCACAGAAGCUGUGGCUCAGUUAGCCCAAGAGCUGUAUACUAGCGGACUGCUUGUAACCCUUAUAGCUGACCUGCAGCUGAUAGACUUUGAGGGGAAAAAAGAUGUAACCCAGAUAUUUAACAACAUAUUGAGAAGACAGAUAGGUACUCGAAGUCCUACGGUGGAAUACAUUAGUGCACAUCCUCAUAUCUUAUUUAUGCUUCUUAAAGGGUACGAAGCACCACAGGUUGCCUUACGUUGUGGAAUUAUGCUGAGAGAAUGUAUCCGAUAUGAGCCACUUGCCAAAAUCAUCCUGUUUUCCAGUCAGUUCAGAGAAUUUUUCAAGUAUGUGGAAUUGUCCACGUUUGACAUUGCUUCAGAUGCCUUUGCUACGUUUAAGGACUUAUUAACAAGACACAAAGUGUUGGUGGCAGAGUUCUUAGAACAAAAUUACGACACUAUUUUUGAAGACUAUGAAAAGUUGCUUCUGUCUGAGAAUUAUGUGACUAAGAGACAAUCUCUAAAGCUGCUAGGUGAACUGAUUCUAGACCGACACAACUUUGCUAUUAUGACAAAGUACAUCAGCAAGCCAGAGAAUCUGAAGUUAAUGAUGAAUCUUCUGCGAGAUAAAAGUCCAAACAUUCAGUUUGAGGCAUUUCAUGUCUUCAAGGUAUUCGUGGCUAGCCCUCACAAAACCCAGCCAAUUGUGGAGAUUCUGCUAAAAAACCAACCAAAGUUAAUUGAGUUUCUGAGCACCUUCCAAAAAGAAAGAACGGAUGAUGAACAAUUCACCGACGAGAAAAAUUAUUUGAUUAAACAAAUCCGAGACUUGAAAAAAACAGCCCCUUGAAGAUUUUACCUAAUUUUCUGCCAUAGGCAUUAAUCCUGUUUGUUCAAUUUAUAUGUGUCAUUUAAAAAAAAAUAGUGCUUGGGAAGGCAUGCACAGGUGCCUAUUUUAAUUCACUGUUCAGAUAAAUGGAAUAUAAAACUUUUAAAAUGGGAAAGUUUAAAAAAACUAGAAUAAUAUAUUAUUUUAAUCACGUCUGUGAUUAUUUAUGUCUAAUUAGCAAACCUCUGCAUUUAGAAACUGACCAGUUUUUAUCCACGUAUUUGCAUCAACUUGUUCUUGCCUUUCCUACCAGCCGACUUGAGCUUGGAUGACUGCAAUCGUCUUUUUCUUUGCACUUGUAGUCCUGACCGAUCGAGUGCCGUGGGUACACGGACACUGUGAAAGAGCCUAAGUAAGCUCUUUAGCCGUGUUUGCUCAGGUCAAAAGAAUUUCUUAAGUCCCUAGAGGGUAAAUUCAGAAAGACGAUCAGUUCAAGUCUUUUCGUUAUUCAUACGUUGUUUCUUUCCUGAUGUCCUUUGGUUGAUUCUAAAUAAGUAGCUCCUAACCUUUUAGGGAAAUUAAUAUUCUUUUGCCUUAGUUGAGACUUGAGCUAUGUGCAGGACUCUCUUGGAAGCUCCAGCACAAGGUUGAGCUGCUGCAGGCUCUAGUCUAUGAUUGCCAGAGCAUCCCAGCCUCUACUGGGGAGUGUAAUGGGACCACCCACAGAGAAAGGCGGCCUUCCGUGUUCCAGAGGCACCGCCAGGGGAGCCUAAAAUCUGGUGCUCCGAGCAGUUUGGAAUGGAGAGUCAAAAGAGGGAUCCGUGCUGCUCUAUCACAUUGACUUAGGCUGGGUACGUGUUUUUUGUGUGCCAUGUUUGGUGGCUGCUGUUCUCCUGGGCCGCAGAAGCAGGAGGCAUUGCUAGGUGACACCUGCUGCAAAGGCUUGGGUCCAGAGGUUGCACGGGUGUUUUGGUCACUCAUUUUCAUAGGGAAAUGUAGAGGUAGAAAAAGGGGGGAAAUAAAAGAUAUGAAAAGAUAUCUGGCAGGUGGCUAUAGGCGUCUUUCCGUAGUACAACAGGAAGCCGUUACUCUAUCACUCUACAGCAAAUUCUUUAGCAAAAGGCUAGAAAACCUGUGAGAUUCUGUGGUCCAAUAUACUGUUGCAUAUUAGGGUAAUUAAGGAUUUAAUUUAUGCUCUUUAGAAAAGGCAUGGACCUUAACAGGUCAUGGUUUAUUUUCAGAUGUCAGUUGUAUAAAAAUGAUGUAUAUCUUAGCACUCUUGAAUUUUAAAGUUCUAUUUACAAGCUAUUAAAGGCAUGGUUACUACUCUG